AGUGUGCCGCAGAAGCUCGCCGUGUUUGGUGGUGCGUCCAGUCCCUCCCGUCGCGGCUGGCCCGCGGAAGUAGUGCCCGUUGAACAUAUUGAGGAAAGAUCAAUUCAGAACGUGACUUGUGUGAGCAUUGUACUGUUCUUGGUUAAUUAGAAUUAGUGAAUUAUAUCGGAGUCUUUUAACAAGUUUGAAAGGCCAAUAAUGGAAGCAGAUACGAAAAACCGGAUUCAGACUCCAUCGCGGAGGGACAGCAUCGCGACUCUCAGCGUCAUGAUCACAAGAUAUAUCGGAGAGUAAGUUCGCACUUCCUUAAUGGCAACGACGAAUUAUGCACACUUCCAAAAGCGAAAUCUUCGUAUCUCGAAGGAAAUGACAUCCCCAGUGACAGACUCCAAAAUGAGCAUGCUGCACGUGACAGUGUUGUCUCCUGUUUCGAAAGUGUGAAACUUCGCUCCAACUAUCGAGGAGAACUUUCGCAACUACAACUUAAAUCGUGCGUAGAGACAGAGCAAAGUCCUGCCACCCACCUUCCAGUUCCCCAAGGAAGGUAUUCUCCCCCCUGGGAAAGGCUGAGUAUCAUCUGAAAGUAAUACAAACUUGACUUCCCUAAACAUCAUGGAGAACCCGGCGUGUCCUAUACUUUCAGUUUUGGUAUUCUUCUGCUGGAUGAUGCCGGCUUAUACUCGACCAGAGCUGAAUGUGAAGGCGACCUUCUCCACGACCCAGUAUGGAGGGCAUAAAAACGUGAGCUGCAUUAAUGGAUACACCACUGAGGAAAACACGUGCAAUUGUAGACCCUGCUGGGAAGGUUCCAGAUGCCAACGCUACGUGGAUUAUUAUGCCCCGAGAUUCCUCGUUCACUCUGCAACUGCCGUUAUUCCACCAAAUGCCACAGGAGUUGUGUACCGGGCUUGGAGCACCGAUGAGGAUCUAGGCCUCACCUGCCCUUUGGGGCCAGGUGAGUCAGCGAGAUGUCCGUGCGCUGCCGUCACCUACCAGCUGUUCGCGCCGCCAGGGGAUCGCCAUUUCCUGCUAGAUCCCGUGACGGGUCUCCUCACUCGGAACAUGAAUACCACCUUGUACCCCGGAGCCACCUACACGUACAAACUCAUGGUCCAAGGCGUGCCCGUGGACGGACGAGCCAGAGACCUCUGGUAUGACCUCCUUGACUUGAGGAUCUACGUCAGCGUGGAUUAUAUAAGGAAGAUUCCCUGGACAUAACCACCACUUGGGAUGCGGAGCCCAGUCGACCAAAAGAUUCUUGGAAGAAACCAGAGUUCCUGAAGAGGACAAAGUAUAUAUUUCAUCAGAAGUGUUAAAUGUGAUUGUCUAUCUCCAGUUGUUCUGUCGCAAUUAAGUAAUCCAGUCAAUAUUAAGUUAAAAUCAUCAAUAGUUAUUUUAUUCUAUCAGCGAAAGGAAGCCACUCAGUUCAUUGUGUUUUUUACUUAAAAAUUCUCUUUCCAAGAGAAAAAAAAGAUGAAUCUGG